AUGGGAUACAAUAUUCUGCCUUCUAUUGACCUUUAUUGGUCUUCCGACCCUGGUUUCAGGGUAGAUGAAAUAGCAGAGACUAUGACCGUAAAGCGAUUCAAGAAGAUAUUGCGAAAUCUGCACGUGAAUGAUAAUACACAGAUACCAGAUAAGACAAGCGAGAACUAUGACAAACUUUACAAAAUACGCCCAUUAUUGGAUCUUAUCACUCAGGCAUGUCAGAAAAAUGCCAAAGACUCCUCAUCCCAAAGUAUUGAUGAAUCGAUGAUUCUCUUCAAAGGCCGGUCUUCCAUGAAACAGUAUAUGCCUCUAAAGCCCAUAAAAAGAGGUUACAAGGUAUGGUGUCGCUGUGACAGUAAAACUGGGUAUCUCUAUGAAUUCUACAUAUACACUGGAAAAUCAAAAACCGGAACAGAGGAAGGACUAGGAUCCAAAGUUGUGAAGAUGUUGACUGAAAAGCUGAUAAAUAAAGCACUGGAGGAAUAUCAUAUUAUUAUUACAUUUGACAAUUUCUUCUGUGACUACACUCUAAUGCAAUAUCUAUAUGAAAAUGGCAUUUAUGCUACAGGAACUGUACGAAGACACAGAAAACAUCUGCCUGUACUUGUAAAAACGAAUCAGAAGCUUGCAAAAGGACAAUAUAAAUGGAGAGUCAAGGGAAAUGUAUCUUUCUUAGUUUGGCAAGAUACCAAAGAGGUUCUCCUAUUGAGUAAUGCAUUCCAUCCAAAAGUUGGCAAAACCACUGUCUUACGGACUCAGAAAGACGGCACAAAACAAGAAAUCAACUGCCCGUUAGCAAUAAAGGAGUAUACUAAAAGGAUGGGAGGCGUUGAUCACUUUGAUCAGAUAAAAAGUACCUAUUCAGUAGGCAGAAGAAGUAGGAGAUGGUGGGUCCGAAUGUUCUUUUUCCUUUUAGAUACAAGUAUAACAAAUGCAUACUUGUUAUAUUGCCAAAAUAAGAAUGCGACAAAACUAAGCAAUCUUGAAUUUCGAGUCUCUGUCGCUAGAGGACUGAUCAGUGGGUUUUCCAGUAGAAAACGACGAUCUGGUAGUUUAGUCAACUAUAUCUGCAGAAAAAAAAUUGCUUCUGAGAAUCGCCAAAAGGCAGUGCAUGUUGUCGCAGAGGAAGUUCGUUUCACCAACGUUGGAGACCAUAUGCCCGUUGAAUCGCCUUCAUAUAAACGUUGCAGAAUGUGUAGCACAAAAGAAAAAGACAAAAGAUCGAAAGUUAUAUGUGAAAAAUGCAAAGUUCCGCUCUGCAUAACACCAUGUUUUACUGCAUUUCAUAGGAAAGGCUAG